GCCCCGCAGCAGGAGGCGGAGCUAGCUCAGCCGGGCCAAUGAGAGCACGAAGCGCUGGGCGGUAGGUAAGCGCGCGAGGCCGACGAAUGGUGGACGCGGUUCUGUUCGAGUUUCUACACACGGAGAUGGUGGCGGAGCUGUGGGCGCACGACUCCGACCCCGACCCCGGCCCCGGGGGACAGAAGACGAGCCUGCUGGUCCUGGAGGGGAUGGGCUUCCGCGUGGGCCAAGCCCUGGGGGAGAGGCUGCCCCGGGAGAUGCUGGCCUUCAGGGAGGAGCUGGACGUCCUCAAGUUCCUGUGCAAAGACCUGUGGGGGGCCGUGUUCCAAAAGCAGAUGGACAGCCUCCGCACCAAUCACCAGGGCACCUACGUCCUACAGGACAGCAGCUUCCCCCUGCUCGUCCGGAUGGGCUCAGGCCUGCAGUAUCUGGAGGAAGCACCCAAGUUCCUGGCCUUCACCUGCGGCCUGCUGCGCGGCACCCUCAGCACCCUGGGCAUCAAGAGCCUGGUCACCGCCUCCGUGGCAGCCCUGCCAGCCUGUAAGUUCCAGGUGGUGAUCCAGAGACCCUGAGCCCUGGCCCCACUGAGUCCCACAGCCGCCCCUGCCCCGGGACCCCAGGCCGCUGCUGGGGAAUCUCGGACUCGGGGGGUGAUGAGCACGGCAGGGGAUCCAGCCACUUCAGGGCAUCACACGUGCUCAAGAAGUGGAUGUCAUAGGGAAGUGGAUGUCAUAGGAGGUGGGGGCAGCCCGGGGCAGGGUGGUCCCAGCCACCAUUGGGCCUGGUGUGGCGAGAUCCCAUUGGACACAUCACUCACUCUGCAGAUGCUCAAUAAAGGUUCCAGGUGUGGAGACAAGUU